AUGAUACGUGAUUGGUUGAUGCGUAAUGGGAUGAUGCAUGAUGGGAUGAUGCGUGAUGGGAUGAUGCGUGAUGGGAUGAUGCGUGAUGGGACGAUGCGUGAUGGGACGAUGCGUGAUGGGAUGAUGCGUGAUGGGAUGAUGCGUGAUGGGAUGAUGCGUGAUGGGAUGAUGCGUGAUUGGAUGAUGCAUGAUUGGAUGAUACGUGAUGGGAUGAUGCGUGAUGGGAUGAUGUGUGAUGGGAUGAUGCGUGAUUGGUUGAUGCGUAAUGGGAUGAUGCGUGAUGGGAUGAUGCGUGAUGGGAUGAUGCGUGAUGGGAUGAUGCGUGAUGGGACGAUUCGUGAUGGGACGAUGCGUGAUGGGAUGAUGCGUGAUGGGAUGUUGCGUGAUGGGAUGAUGCGUGAUGGGAUGAUUCGUGAUUGGAUGAUUCGUGAUGGGAUGAUUCGUGAUGGGAUGAUUCGUGAUGGGAUGAUGCGUGAUGGGGUGAUGAGUGAUGGGGUGAUGCAUGAUGGGAUGGUGCGUGAUUGGAUGAUUACGCCAAAAGCGUACACGAGGAGGGAGAUGUCCAACAAAGGAGACGUCAAAUGGGCCAACCUUCGUGAGCCUAUGGGCGUUUGGCCAGUACAGCUGUUGUCAAAACUUUCCGAAGAGCAACAGGAAGGCGAGGGCCCUCCCGUGCUUGUACUACUUCUUGGCGUUGAGCCUACUACAAACGUAUUGAUUGGCCCACCUUCUUUGCGUAAGUGGACGGCGGCAGAGAGUGGCAUGCACAUAAUCGGACGUAAGUCCAAAUCGAAGGAGUUUAUGGCCGCAGUCAGAGAAGCUCAACUGAUCAAUAGCAAGUCUGAGUCAGAGAAGCUGGUAGUCUCGGAAGAUAUUGGGAGUGGUUCAAGGCUGUGGAUAAUAGCCUCUGCAGAUGUUUCUCACGACGAGGAGAAGGUGCAACAGCAGCAGCAGCAGUUUCAAAAAUUGAUACAGCAGCUGCAGAAGCCAUUGCUAUUAGAGCAACACGCGCAGCAGGAGCAGGAGAGUGUGGAACAGGAGGGUAUGAAGCAGCAGGGAGGAGGUAAGAAGGUUAAAAAGCAACCAGUAAAAAAACAGCAAGGGAAGAAACAACUGUUAAAGAUACUGCAGCAGGAGCGUGAGCAGGAGGAGGGUGAGCAGCAGGAGGAAGAUGGGCAGCAGCAGGAGGGUGAGAAGUUAGGAUGGACAGCUGGAGGGUGGUGUGAAGAGAAAGGCAGGAAAUCAGGUCACGAAGGAGCCAAUCAAGAAGCAGAAAGUGAAGAAGCAGCGGGAAAAGAAGCCGCAGCAGCAACAAGAAGAGCAAGAAGAAG